AAAUGUCGAAAUAAACCUACUCCACCACCGAAACCUAUGACUCUAAAAUCAGGCACGUACAUGUACAGAGAUCUAGCACUUACGCCUGAACUGUAUAAUCAACUCCGAGGCUUACAAAAGAAAGCGAAAGAUUUACGGCAAGAAGUUCGAAAUUUACGGAGAAUGUCUCAAGCUCAAGCACACUCAGUUCGAGAAGCUAUCAAAGAUACAUUUAUAACGAUACGCAGCAAUGGUAUCGCUAUUAGCUACCGAAUUUUUGAAUAUUUGAUCAUUGUCGAUGAAGUCACGUUUGAGUGCUUCACGAAUGUCGCUCUCCGUAGAGAUUCCAUCCAAAUCAAGGAUCUUGAUCUUGCUUUUGGUGUGAGCCUUCUGACUGUUCCGAUGUCAGCGGUUGCUGUUUUUAUCUCAGCCGUAAAAGCAGCAGUGUCUUCGGUCUUGCGACCCAUUUCUAGAAGAACGCCCCCGCGCUUCGUUUGUUUGAUAGACUUUAUGUCUACUCCAGUCUCUGUCGAGUUAACCUUGGCUUUGAUUUCCUUGAGGAGAUCGGUGUACGUUUGCCUUUCAGCUGGUUGCACAAGCACAGUCUGUGUUCUUGUCUUCUUCCUCCUCGGUUUCUUAGAGCCACCAUUAUUUGGCUGGUUUUGGGCUUCAGUAGAUUGUGCCGCUGGCACCUGUUCUCUUUCCUUCUUUUUUCCUUCUUUGUUCUUUUGCCAAGUCACGACGGUCGGCGCAGAGUUAAUCCUUCCUCGGUAG